AUGGAUAGCCCUCCUUCGGAGUUUUCGGGGAGGUACUUUUACAACCCCACUCUGCGUUGGAACCGGCAGGUAGAGGAGUACUUUAUAAACGCCUAUGGGGCCGACCACUUUGCCAGAAUCUCCAGGGCUCUCACGUAAAAACUGCCUUUCCAGUCUCUAUCUGUUGUUGAAAGUGCUAUUUUUUUUUUUGUUACUACGUGUAAAGAACGAUUAUUUGUGUCCUAAGGAGAAGACGACUACCCACUGAGCUAUUUCCACAUUUUUCAUAUUUUUUUCCAUGUUUUCUUUGUCAUGAAGACUUAGCCGGUACAAACUAUGUUAGGAAGACAUUUUCUGAGUUAACAUGCCAAUAAUUCCACUGGGUUUUCUAGGAGAGGAGAGUUUCAGCAAUUGCAAAAAGGAGAAAGUUUUCUUGUCGUUGUGACACCUUUGGUGAAUGUAUUUAAAUUUUCUGUUAACGUUAUCAUAACAUCCUUAUUUUCAUAAGGAAUAUUUCCUUGGGAUUGUCCCGUGUAGCCCAUAUAACUCGGAUUCAGAUCGGAUCAAGCUUGCUGGUUUUGGGUUCCAUUUAUAUCCAGCUUCGCAUUGGAGGAAGAAGGGAUCAAAUGCAGUAGUGCCAAGUAGGGAGAGUAAGAUGUGCAAUGCAGGCGAAUAACUUUUAGUAGAAAACGUAAUGGGGAGAAGCAGCACUUGUAUUUAAAGGAGAAUUAUUUUAGGAAGUGAUGUGUGAGGAGGUAGAUGUGGUGCAAGUGAUGGUUAGAGUGGAGGAGCAACAUUAAUCUUGAUUUUUAAAUUUUUGUCUCUAAUAAUCGAAGAGCUGAAAAAUAUUGUGCCAAAGAGCCAUAUAAAUUGCCUCUUUUCUCUUGUGAAACCAUUGAUUAUGAUAUGAGUAACUGAGUUUUUAUCUGUUCACUGUUGGCCAUAUUUCAUUUUGAUACAUGAUGUCACACAAACAACUGGGAGUUUUCUUUCUAUUAUUCUUGAUGAUCAAUUUUAUGUAUCCUUACCUCCCAUGUUUUUGUUUUCUAUUGUUCAAACUCAAUAUUCGAUGCAUCCUUUUGACUGAUUUAUUUUCCCUUUCCACAUGUUCGUUUUUCGUUUCUUUGUUCAAUAGGCACCCCUCUUCCUACUCCUGUGUUCGUGUAAAUUUUCUAAGGUCUACAAGGGAUGUUGUCAUUGAGAAGCUUACAUCUAUUCUAAAUGGAAUAAACUUCAGAAGCAGUCCUGACUUGACAUGCAUGGGCAGAAACAGUGCUACUGCAGAAGUGGACCAUGAAAUCCAGUUACCUUCAUCUAAUGGAUUGCCUAGGGAUGGAGAUAUCUUUAAGAAACAUCUAUCAAUUGACAAAUGUCAAUUGCCUGGUUUAGAUUAUGUUUUUUUUGUCAAAGGUUCGGGACCACAUGUGAUGCAAUGUCGUGAUUUCUUAGUUCAGCCACUAAAGGAAGUAAUUGUUAGCCGGAAAUGUGCUGAGGCAGUUCUUCGAGGGGCACAGGUAUGGCCAGGUGUGUCAUUCAAGCUGAUGCAUGCCAAACUUUCUUUUUCUUUUUCUUGUUACAGAAAAUAUUGAUUGUACCGUAUAUUAGUUCUGUAAAAUAGAUGUACCAGUCCUGGACACUUCUGCUAGGAUAUAUUUACCAUUUGAACAUGAUUACUGUCUCAAACUUCCAAUAUAACUUAAAUCGCCGAAAAUUGAGCUGGUGGGUCAUAGACGCGCUGAGCCCAUGUCCUUGAUUUCCACUUCCUUCCUUGACGUAUAUCUCCCCAUCUCUUGAUAAGCUCCCCUAGUUUCAUCCCCUUUUCCCCAGUGACCACUCCCAACCGUUUCCCUUCUCUAGGCAACCGUCUCCCAGCCAUCUCCUAUGUGCCUUGGUGUUACCAUGAGGCAUGCUCCUGACUUUCCUGAAGGUUCCUCUGAGUUGUGUCUGGAGCCUGUUUUUGGGCUUUAAUGGCUUAGGCCUAUCCAAAGAGUACGAAGGCUCAACUGUGCAUGGGAAGCCUCCUUCAAUGCCCCUUUGAGGUCCUCUUUAUUUUUGGGUUUUUAGGUUUUUAGGUUCAAUUUUUAUUGCGAGGUGCAAAAUUGGGUGGUACGUUGUUGCAGUUUAAAUUUUCCUGGUUUUUUUCUUUCUUAUUUUUCAUUCCUUUUCUUCAUUUCUUCCUCUUCUGCUAUCUGCUAAGAAGUGCAUUACCCUCCCAUGUCUCUUAUUGCUCCAUUAUUGGCUAAUAGGUCCAAUUGGAAAGACAGGUUGCAGAUAUCUUUUUUCGCUUUUAAGGGGUUUUGUGGGAGGGAGGGUUCAGAUGGGCACGAAAUGACUCGAUUUUCAAAAUUAUUUACUUUGUUCAACUACUAAUGCUAUGGAUAUGGGAGAAUUGUCCCCCUUCCUUUGGGUCCCUACAGAUACACAAAUAAAUUGCUUACUUAUUCUUUGAUUAUGCUCUUUUGAUGCGGGGCUUAAAAGUCUCAAGUCCCUCAUAAUUUCACUUACGAUCUACUUCUAGCCAAUGUAGAUGCUAAUUGGGUGAACUUUCAUAUAUUCACUAGAUUUCAAUGAUCGCUUCCUUUUCUCCAAUUUAAUGAAAGAACUUUCUUCUUCUAUAUCACUGAGUAUUUGUAGAGCUAAGUGAAAAUAAUGAUUUAUUUCCACAGGUGUUUGUCCCUGGUGUGUUGGCCUGCAGUUCUCAUGUGGAAAAGGGUGAUGUUGUGGCUGUUUCAGUUGCUGUGGAGCAGCCUAGACCUGAUGGUGAAUGGGGUGUUGGUAUAACACGUGGAACUGUCCUGCAGGGCCUGCAAUCAGGUACCCAGUGUAGAUGUCUUGAAUGACGGUAAAUCAUCUAUAUCACCAUUCAUAUUUCUCAUUUGUUUCCAAAAAGGAAUGGGGUCUGUCGCUAAAGAGAAAAAAAUACUAUGUUUUGCUUUCAGACUGAGCCUUGAAAGGAGUCACAGGGUUAAAUACAACUUUAAGGACUCUUAUUUGGUGUAAGUUUAAGAUCAGGCUCAGUGCUUCUGUAGUCCAAUAUCUAAUGUGGUCUCUUAGGAAUGGAACAUCCCUAACUAAUUUACUAGUUUUCUCUUUCAAGGCGACUAAUGUUAAGAUGGAACACAAAGAUCCGAGGGGAGUAAUGAAGCCGGAAGCAUGAGGAUGCAUAGUAGUGGGGUGUAAAUAUAUUUGAACGUGAAUAAGUUGAUUUUUAGCAUUUGGAAUGGAAACUCAGAUUUGCAAUAAAAUUGGUUGGCCAUGAAGAAAGAAGUCCUCUCACAGGAUCAUAUUCUCAUAGCCCUCUUUUAGAUUAAAACACCGAUCCCAGUCACAUAAAUACCUAAAGCUUGACUCAUAGUCUGAUAACUUGACUAAAAUGUGGCAUGAUGUGAUGGAGAAGUUUACUAGAUAAGGUUCAAUUCUUGUUUGCCAUUGGGGCCAUUUAGUCUACUCGCUCUUGUAUCCUGUGGUUUAUGAUUGGCUUGGAUAUUUUUUCACAUAAUAUUGGAAACAUUCAUCAUUAUAAAAAAAAGUCUGUCUGAUACUUUGUGGAUUCUUCUUUUUGGUGAAUACUUCGUGGGCUUUCCUGGGUUUUCUCAUGGACAUUAUUGGCAUAUCCAUCUCAGUUGGAUGCUACAAUCAUUCUAUUAAGUUUCAAAAAUUAUUGAUCCAGUAAUCCCUUGAGUUGGAAACAACAAAUAACAAAACCAAGAGAGGAAGAAGGCUCCUAUUGAGAUACAGCAGCAUGUAUUUCUUACCAAUUCCAGCUCAUCUAGAGUUUCAACUAUUAUUUUUCUUAGACUACUAAAAUUUAUGCUUUCUCCUUUCUGCACUGCCUGCUGCUGUCCAAUAUGCCAGAUUUAAUGGCUCAAGGUAAAGUGGUUUCUUUUUAACUUCCAAAGCUCAGUUGUUCAUGUUUGGAGUUUUAAACAAAGCCAGCUACAUCAUGCUUCACCGAUUUAUAUUCAUCUGAGGCUCUCUGGACGAGCGUCAAAUUCACUGUUCUUCUCCCUUAACUUCAUGCCAUUAUCAUCUACUUAUUUGUGCAAAAAAAAUGAAGGACACGGGAAUCAGUAAACAUCAACUGUGAAUAGUGCAGCUAGAAUUAUUCCACUUACCGACUGACCCAUGGUUUUGCAAAGACUGAAUCAAUCAAGACAAAAAAAAAUUGCAUUUUAGACAGGCCUCAUUAUCAACUUUUUUUGAUUGCACUUCAACUUGGUCACUGAUGCCAUUAUCAAGUAGAUUCUUAGAUGCCUCCAUUCUGCCAUUUUUUUGCCUAUUCGAGUCAUUACAUUUGUAGUUCACCUUUCCUUUGCUUUCAAUGUCAAAUUCCUCUAAGUGGAUGUUUUGCGUACUUUUUCUUAGUGGUUGCAAAAAUUUAUUUCUUUUUCUCGUCGAUCUUCGUGUUAUUCAUUAAUCUGCUGCAAGGUGGGUGCUAUAAUUCAUUGAGAUGAUUUAACUAAAGUGUGCUGAAGUUCUGGUGCUGCAUGUCUUGACUUUCUUCCUCUAUUCAUCUUCACUAUUAUUAGGAAAACGUCCAACCGCGCCCACAUUAUAAUCUCUGGUCUUCUUCAUGAUCAUUUCUGAACAAGUAUUUAUUUUUUCGCAGAUCCUCAUUAUCAUGAAAGAAACGGCUUAUACAUUGGACAGGGUGUAGCAAUGAUGUCAAGAGCUGGAAUCUUCCGUGUAUCUGAAGGAACUGCUGUGGAAAUGUCAAAUAGGAUCUACAAUCUUCCAUCUUUUCACGGUAUCAUACUAUUUAACUUGAAAUAGUGCCUUGUUUUUUUUUGCAUCAAAGUUUUUUGCCGUGGAAUGUAGUUGCCAUACAUUUUAGUUGGAGAGCUUAACUUCAUUGCGGAAUCUAGUAACAACUUCAAAAAAAAACAAGAAACAAGGAAAUGGCAAGCAUCUUCUAGCAUGAUUUCUUAUCUCUGUAAGGUUUUUUUUAUUAGGUUGUACCUCCACCUGUUACUUGUAAUACCAUUUCAUAUUUAAUUUUUUGUGCUGCUCGAGGUGUCCUGCCGAUUGCUCAAGUAAAUCGUUUGCAUAUGCUAAUUCAUUUUCCUGGUUCUUUCAUUGGAAUUGUUUGGUUACUUGCUUUGGAGAAUGUGUGCUAUCUAUGUGUGGAAGAUGUUUUGAAUGCUGAUGACAUCCUUUUUUUUUAAAGUACUAUUUGUCAUAUGGACGCCCAUUCUUUUUUGUUUGAAUGACAUGUAAAAUGAAUUCUGUUUUUUCUUAUAGAUAUUUUGAAGGGGGAAAUAUUUCUUCAAAAUUUGCCCAGCAUCAUUACUGCUCAUGCCCUAGGUACGAUUUACUUCCUUAUUUUCUAAAUUUUGCCUUCACUUGUUAACUAUAUAUUUAAGUUCUUUCUUCUCUUAUCUUUGUAUCCUCAGUAUCUUCUAUGAGACUUAUUUAUAUUUCGGUUUUGAAACUCCUAUCUGAUUAUGCUCAUUUUGAAGCAUUAGUCAUUAUGGCACAUUUUCUUGCACCAUUUCUCCUAUUGCCCCUCCGCUAGAAAAUAAUUAUUUAUUUUUCUACUGGGUAUCUACAUCUAUUAUUGAAUGAAGUAAUUAUACUUAUCAAUAUCAUUCAUAUUAAUCAUUAUAUAUUUGUCAUAUUAAAAAAUAACUAUUUUUAUUACUUUUUCUAAUCCAUAGAUUUAUCUGCUAAUGCAUCUUUCCAAGUUAGUAAUUGCUUAAUGUGUUGUUAUUUGGUCCUUCAGUCGCAGCACCAGGCCUUAACAUUGAGGAACAUGAUAUGUGUAGCUGCUAAAGCUAAACUAUGAACCCCACCAGUCACCGCCCCCCUCCCCAUCUGAUGCAGCUCAGACAUCAGGACGAAAAGUUGCUUGCUGUUAAUUUACAUAGAUUUUACUAUACUCUUUGUUCUUAGAUAACGGGUGUACACUAAUCAAAGACCUUAAAUCACUUCGAUUAUAUAGGUUAUGGUGUGAAAAUAUGUGGUAGAAGUAGAAGAAAGAAUUCAUCACAUGACAUUGGAUCAAAAGUUAAAUCCCUCAGUCUAGAUAAAUCACACCGAAGAAUCAAGCCCACUUGGUUGGGCCUUUUGGUGACUAGCAUCUUCUUAACCUUGCCAUCCUCACCCUAAACAUCAGGGCAGGGAGUGUGGUCUUUUUGUCUCAUAUCAAUUGCUCAUAUUUCUAUGCUUGGAAGUUGAUGCUGGAAACUCGUAAACUAGGUCUGUACAAAAUGUAGCCUUGGUUGUUGACAUGGUCCAGUCAUGUGGGCCAACGACUUGUGACUCUGAUAAGAGUGAGUCAUGGGUUAUUUGUCUGCCUUCUGGUAUCAGUGCAUUUUGUAGUCUGUCAUCAUAGUUAAUAAUCUAGUCAAGAUCUAGCCAUGUGCCCACUGUCUCCUACUAUUUCUGCAUGUCCUAUAGAGUGCUUAUUGCAUGCUUUUCUUGAUAUCUAUGCUCUGGAUCCGUUUCAUCCAUAGGUUUCUUGGAAACAUGGCUGGUCUCUUCAUAGGCAUGUUGAAGUCCCAACUCCAUGGAUACGGUACAAGAAAAACAUGAUCAUUUUUGGACAUUGAUUAAUGCUGCUAUGAGACAAACCAGUAGAGAACUAAAAAGAUACGUUGUGUUUUCCCUCAUUUUGAAACCAGCGCAACCUCAUUGAUUUUUUUUUCUCACGUCCCACAUCCACAUGGUGUGACCCCACUCAGUUGGGAGACCACCAAUUCAUGUGAGACUGCAUUUGGUACAGGAAUAAACGCCAUAGAGCACACUGACUGAAAUAUCUGUGAAUGUAAACUUUCAAGAUCUAUGAUGAGGAGAAUACUACCUCCCACACAAGCAUAAGAGAAACAAAGAGGUUUCCAUGAGGCGUUGACUCACUCUGGAAAACACACGCCGGCCAAUCUAAUGGGGGCAGUAUUAAGUGCGAGCACAGGUAUUUACUAGACAUCUGACAACUCCAAAUACGGUUGUCCUGAAGAUGUCUAUGCUUGAGUGUAGAAACCUGAAGUAUUACGAAUGGAGAUAAUUAUCACUGGUUGGGUCAGACUUGAGCCCUUGUGGGCAACUGGGAUGUAAACCUGUUUCACUAUGGUCAGCAUGAUUUAAAUGUCAUCACAGAGGUCUGGUGACGAUUAGGGUGUGAUUGUCCUGUGAAAGUUCACUCGGGACCACCGGGGUUCCAAUAACGACAAAAAUGAUUUACAUAUGUUUCCUCCGAUCUGACCUCGUCAUACCACGGCAUCUGUCUGCCUGAUUCCCUGGGAUGAUUUUUAUUGAUGUGAUUCUUGAUACAAUGGAAAUCUAAAAACUUCUGUUGGAUAUGAUUUCCUUCCACAAAUUUCUUGUGUUCAAGGUUUUUUUGGAAUAUAUGAGAGUUGAUGGAUGUUUCUGUUACGUUCAAAUGGUGAAUGACUUGUAUGCUUUGAUUUCUAAUGUCUCUUUUCAGACUAUUGUAGAUGAAUGCUGCGAUUUCAGCCAUAAAAGAUUUUAUUCAUGUGUAUACAGAGUUAAUGCUCUUGCAGAUCUAAUGUAUUUUAAUCCUGUAAUUAUCUUACAUUCUGGUUUUUCACGGAUUUAUUUUCUAUUUAUGAUGUUGCCGCUAUUUUUCAAAUUCUAUUAACUUAGGAUCUCAAUAUCUUAUGCUGACGCUUUAUUUGCAUGACCAUGACGGAAAAUUUUCUGAUACAUUGCUAAUGCUAGUUUUACUGGUUAUUGUAUAAGUUAGAUCCCCAUGAAGGAGAACGCAUAUUGGACAUGUGUGCGGCACCAGGGGGGAAAACAACAGCAAUUGCAACACUAAUGAGAGACAGAGGGGAGGUCAUUGCAUUAGACAGAUCACACAAUAAGGUAGGCGGGGUGCCCUUUAGGAAUUCAUCUUUCAAUCUGUUAUUUUCUAAUGGUUUGUGGCUCGUAAUUCAUCUUUAUGUUGGAGUAUGCCCAUCUCUGUAGUUCGAAUUAUUUUUUUUAGCGGGAGUAAUAAUCUAAAGAAGCUGCGUACUAUUUCUAACUUGCUAUCUAUUUCACUGUUAAUGGUGUACUCAUCUCUCCAAUCUGUCAUCCGUCAAGGCAGUUCAUAAGGAAGGCCUGCCAUCUAUCUUUCCCAUCGUAAGGGUAGUGAAAAGUUUUUGCACAGGUCAAACAAUUCCACCUUCUGUCCUCCUGUACAAGUUCUUCAUUUCUAAGGCUGAUGGGUGGAACAGUGGCCUUGUACGUGGAACUGAGCCAAUCCAAGUAGUUGUGAGUUAAAUUUUUGUUAGUCUGAUGGAAUUGAUUUUUUUCGCUUCCCUGCUGCAAAGCUAGUCGGUUGAGUUCAGGAAGUACUGAUAUCAAUGUAAAUUAGCUCUUAGUUACCAAUAUAAUGAAUCAAUUCAAUUAUUACUGCAUGAAAAUUUUAACAAGUUUUUUUUAUUAAUUUUGAUUUCGAAAAGUUUGUAUUUAAAAAAAAAAUGAAUAGAUCAUAACUGACAUUAGUGGUACUUUAGUUUCGUUGUUUCUAGUGUAAGUUUUUUGGUUUUAUUUUUUAAAAAUAUUUUAUUAUUAGUGAGCCAGAAAUCAAUUGAAACUCUUCUUCAAUUGUUCAAGUAUUGAGUUCCUUAAUCCCAUUUGUUUUCAAAUUUAAUUUUUUUCUGACGCUGCAUUAUCGGAGUUAUGCAAUCUAAAAUCUUUCCCAAGCAUGAGAACAUUGUCUCCACAUGGUAGAUCCAUUGAGGUAACUUUGGAGUUAAACACUUCAUGACGGUGAGGGAUCGAUUUAGAAGGAUUAUGCAGGAUUUGCCAGGGUUUGUUUCCCAUUCACUCCAUUUACAGCCAACUAGUUUAUCUCUCUCCCUUUAAAGAUGAUCUGUGCUGGCUUGAGACUGGUCGAAUCAGACUUUCGUACAGUAGGGUUAUUGUUAAUUCGCACAUGAAUCAACUUAAUACCUCACCUUGGUUGUGACUCGGGCCUCCUCUGUACCUUGUCUCUUUAUCUGUGUAGCCAUUUGUAUGAGCUCUUUUAGACUCAAAUUGUGUCCUUAACCUUGAUUAUUGUGUUUAUCAUUAGCCUUCCUUCAUAAGAAGUAGAUGAUAAUCUGUUAUGUUACAGGCACUUACAUUCAUCAUAUAUGCCUGACUAUACGACUUCAAAGUAUGUUGACCAGAGCUACUUGACGAUUUUUAGGUGAUUGCCAUCGUGAAGUUGGCUGAAGAGAUGGGUUUGACUUGCAUUCGUGCUUAUAAACUUGAUGCUCGCAAAUCAGUCCAGAAGAAAGAUAGUACCGAGGUUCCUUCAACAAAUUCCAGGACAGAAAUCUCAUGCAAUAAUGUUGACGACUCAAAAUUGAUGGGUAAUGAACGGUACAACACUGGUCUAACCAUUACUGAAUGUGGUAAGAAAGGCAUGCCUCAUUCUUAAUUGGGGUGACAUUCAUGUAUGUGUACUGUUCUAGCGACGAAAAAUAGAGAACUAGGUGACAGAUCUAUAAUGCACGGUAUCUCUCCAACUGUUGCUUCUUCUGUAACAUAAACAACACAAAGGUGUGCAUUUGCUUCGGUGGACCCGAAACAUCUGCCUUGCAGGCAGGAUGCUGGAAAGUUUGUAUGUAAGAAAUUUGAAGUCUUUUCAUUUAAAUACACAGAAGGAGUCGUGUCUUUAGAGAUAAAAUGAAAAUUUAUAUGAAAUGCUUUAGCCAAUUUACCAAGAAUUGGCACGAGAUAUGAGCUCCUUUAUGAGGGUAGACAUUGGUGACGGGUCAUUGCCAUUCAACAAUUUCUUGGAAACCGAUUGACUAGGCUUGUCCUCAUUAUACAUGAUGUGUGGUUCAUUACACUAACCAUUGUAGCUUUGCAGAUUUGAAUUUGAUUAUUCAUCCAAUUUCUGGCUUCUGGAAGUAGGCCUUGUCUAAUAUCGUUGUCAUUUCAUAGAGAUAUGGCUAAAAACAUUCUCUCAAAUGGUACUUUCGUGAUGGUAUUCAUCUCAUUAUGAACAGAGUUGAUCGAGCGUACUUUUGCAGCAUGUAAAAGUGUUACAAGAUACGAUGGACAGAGAAACAAAGGACGAAACAGUAAAUGGAAAAAUUAUUUCUAACAGUCCCCCUCAAGCUGGGAAUGGGCAACAUACAUUCACCAGCUUGAGGGGGAGUGUUAGAAAUAAUUUUUCCAUUUACUGUUUCGUCCUUUGUUUCUGUCCAUUGUAUCUUGUAACAGAACAAUAGACUGAACCGGUUCAAAUUGAACUGGUCCGGUUUACCCUCUCCCAUUUCAUAACAGCUGGUCAAUAUAAAUACCAACCAGCAUGUAAACAUUAGAGUGUGAUGAAAUUUAGGGCUUCGGCCUUCUUCUUUUCGUGUCUCUCUCUCUCAUGUUCACUGCUAGCACAGACAAGAAGGAAGGGAGGUGUUUGGAGAUGAUCAAAGUCCAGCACGAUUUCUAACAUGGUAUCAGAGCUCAGGUGUGAUCAUUCCAGACUCCUUUGAUCUUCUGAGUUCUUCUUGAACACCUCUUUUUUCAUUUUCGACAGAGAACACAUUUCUUUGUGACUUGUUAAAACAAGUCACUAAUUGUUCGUUGAUUCUGCACUAUCUAGGUGAGAAUCUAGCGCUAUUGAUCUACAGAACACGAACUGUAGGUUCGUGUCUUGAUCUGUAGAUUAACUCAUUUCUAAAACAAACAUACCUAAUUCUUGAAUUCUCAAGAAUGUCUGAAGCGACUUCUAUGACAGAACAAGAACAAUCCCGAUCUGUGAGGGUGGAACCUAGUCUGAUCUAUGGAGAUCUGCCAAUUAUACCACAAAUAGAUCAUCUCGAUGAUAGGAAUUACUUUGGAUGGUCUCAACAAGUUCGAGUUAUUCUUAAAGGACAGGGAAUGACAAAUCACUUAGCUCAUCCAAACGUGAAGGCUGGAGAUCUGGGAUUUGAAGCAUGGGAUCAAAAAGACACAAGAAUCAUGGCUUGGAUAUGGACAACCAUGAUUCCUGAGAUCCAUAGAACAUGUUUGUAUCUUCCCAUAGCUAGAGCAAUGUGGGAAAAUUUAUAUCAGACUUAUUCAAGAGCAAGAGAUGCUGCACAACUUUAUGAAUUAAAGUUAAAGAUGAUGACUAUGAGGCAAAUGAAAAAAUCAGUGACAGAAUACACUCAUGAAGUAAGAACAUUAUGGCAAGAAUUUGAUCAAUAUAAAAUUGCUGAUAUGACAGAUCCAUUUGAUGCAGCUUUGUAUAGAGAGGAAAUAGAAAGGGAUAGAACCUUCGAAUAUCUUGUGGAACUGAACUCUGAAUAUGAUCAAGUCAGAAUUCAGAUCCUAGGAAGAGAGAAAUUACCUCCUCUCAAUGAAGUAAUCUCCCUAGUAAGAGGAGAAGAAAGUUGUCGGAACCUAAUGCUUGGUUCUCAGAAUGUGGAAAAUUCAAUAUUUAUGACUAAAAAUGGAAAACAUUAUGGCAAUAAUAGUGCCAAAACAAAGGGUGAACCUUCAGGACAAGAGAGGACUUCUAACAAUGAUUUAAGAAACAAGUUAUGGUGUACAUAUUACAAGAAAGCAAGGCACACAAUUGACAGGUGUUAUAAAUUACAUGGAAGGCCUCAAAGUCAUAAAUGGGUACAAAAGAGAGGACAACAAAAGAGUGAAAAUCAAGCAUAUAUAUCUGUUGUCCAACAAGGGGAAGUAAAUACCUCAGCUGCCAUAGAAGAAGUUCCACAAGCUCAAGUAUUACAAGCUUCGUGUUCAUCUAACUAUUCAAGUAAGUCUCCAACUUUUAUUGCGUUGAGUGCCUCAACAAAUAGUAAAUCUUCACCCUGGAUUGCUGAUUCAGGGGCCACAUAACAUAUGACCUAUGCCUCUCAUCUAUUUAACUCAUAUGCUCCUUGUCUAAGCAAUAGAAAAACUACCACAGCUGUUGGCUCCUCAAUUACAGUUGCUGGGAUAGGAAACAUUUGUCUUAACCUUAUAUUACCUUGAAAGAUGUACUUCAUGUUCUUAUGUUGACCACCAACCUAAUUUUUGUUAGCAAACUCACACGUGACCUAGGUAAUGUUGUGUUUGAUCCUAAUACUUGUCUGUUUUUUGACAAGAUGUCUGGGAGGACGAUUGGACGUGCUAGAGAAUGGAGUGGAAUCUAUUAUUUGGAGCUUCCAAGCCAAUCAAACAUUGCAAUAGAUCAAAACAACAUUCCUAAGAACCCUGACCUGUCAAACAGUGAAAAAAAUUGGCUUUAACAUCAAAGAUUAGGACAUCCCUCUUUUUUGAUUCUGAAGAGUUUGUUUCUUUCUUUGUUUCACAACUUGAACACCUCUGAAUUCAAGUGUGAAGUAUGUGAAUUUGCCAAACAUUGAAAAAUAUCAUUUCCUGAAAAUAAUACGAAGUGUUUAAUACCUUUUUUCCAUGUUCAUAGUGAUGUAUGGGGGCCUGCAUCAACACCUAGCACAAGUGGAGCUAGGUGGUUUAUCACCUUUAUUGAUGAUUGUACAAGGAUGACGUGGAUUUAUUUGCUUAAAAAUAAAUCUGACGUAAGUAUGGCACUCAUACAAUUUUGUUCUUUAAUAAGAACUCAGUUUGAGACAACAAUUCAGAGGUUUAGAUCUGAUAAUGCUAAAGAUUACUUCAAUCAUACUUUAACUUCUUACUUUCAAAAAGAAGGUAUUGUACACGAAUCAUCAUAUGUCUAUACACCCCAACAAAAUGGGGUGGCUGAACGGAAAAAUGGUCAUCUGUUAGGGAUGACUAAAGCUCUCAUUAUUCAAAAUAACAUACCAAAAUAUUUUUGGGGUGAGGGAGUUCCUAUGGCUGCCCAUCUUAUAAAUCGUCUACCAACUAAAUCUUUGAAUUUUAAAAGUUCUAUUGACAUGUUAUCUUUCUUUUACCCUCAUAUUCUAUUGAAAACGAAUCUCAUAUCCAGAAUAUUUGGUUGUACAGCAUUUGUUCAUAUUCAUGAACAACAUAGAGACAAAUUAGAUCCUAGAGCUCUAAAAUGUAUUUUUGUAGGAUAUUCCCAAACACAGAAAGGAUAUUGUUGCUAUUAUCCUCCGACAAAGAAAUUUUUCAUUUCAAGGGAUGUUACCUUCAAUGAGAAGGAAGCAUAUUAUGACAUAUCAAAUCAUCAUGAUAAAAUUAAAAUGUUAGAGGAUCCAGAAAUAAUUUUUUUACUUCCUGCUGCCAAUUCAUUACUAGACCUCACUAUGGCUCCCAUCGAACCACCUAUUCUUGAAUCUACUCCUAAUGUAUACCUCAAAAGAGGAAGAUUUAGCCAUGUAUAUUUCAGAAAAAAAGAGAAUACUCCAGAAUCUGUGCAUGUUCAAGAAUCCUCCCAGGAUGAGUCAUAUGAGACAUCCCAGACCAGCACCUUACUUACUGAUGAAGACCUACCUAUUGCCCUUUGAAAAGGGGUAAGAGAAUGUACCAAAAAAUCAUUAUAUCUUAUGACACUUUUUUUGUCAUAUAAUAGAUUAUCACCUUCACACAAGGCCUUUGUAUUUAACCUAAAUUCUACCUCAAUCCCAAAGACUGUUUUUGAGGCUUUAACUCAUUAGAAGUGAAGACAAGCUAUGAAUGAGGAGAUGGAAGCUUUAAGAAAAAAUGAUACUUAGGAACUUGUACGUCUGUCAAUAGGGAAGAAAGUUGUUGGCUGCAAAUGAGUGUAUACAAUUAAAUAUUGUUCAGAUGGAUUCAUAGAAAGAUACAAAGCCAAACUAGUUGCAAAAGGAUACACACAAACUUAUGGAGUUGAUUAUCUUGAAACUUUUGCACCAGUAGUAAAAAUGAAUACAAUUAGAGUACUUUUGUCAUUGGCAAUUAACUCUGAUUGGGAUCUUCAGCAAUUUGAUGUUAAGAAUGCAUUUUUACAUGGUGAAUUAGAAGAGGAAAUAAUAUGGAGGUACCACAUGGAUAUGAGAGAAAUUUAGAUGCUAAUAUUGUGUGUAGGCUGAAGAAAGCAUUGUAUGGACUAAAACAAUCUCUUCGAACUUGGUUUGGUAAAUUUAUGAAAGUUAUGCUCAAAAUGGGAUACAAACAAAGUCAAAGUAAUCACAUUUUAUUUUUCAGCCAUUCCUCUUCAGGGGGAGUUACCACUCUAAUAGUAUAUGUGGACGAUAUUAUUGUGACUAGAAAUGAUGAUGCAGAAAAAAGACUUCUAAGUCAAUGUUUAUCUCAAGAAUUCGAGAUGAAAACUGUAAGAAGAUUAAAAUACUUCCUAGGUAUUAAAGUUGCAUAUUUUAAGAAUUCUAUUUUUCUAUCUCAACAAAAAUAUGUGAUAGAUUUGCUUCAAGAAACUGGAAAAACAACCUGCAAACCAGUUAAUUCUCCAAUUGAUCCUAAUCUCAAGUUAACUGCAGUGGAGGAAGACAUUGUUGUGGAUAAAGGGACGUAUUAACGACUGAUAGGUAAACUGAUUUGACUAUCACAUAUACGGCCAGACAUAGCAUAUGCAGUCAGCGUCAUUAGUAAGUUCAUGCACAAUUCGAAACAAAUACAUUUACAGGCAACAUAUCAUGUUCUACACUUUCUAAAAGGAAUAACAGGAAAAGACAUUCUGUUCAAAAAACAUGAUUAUCUAGCACUUGAAGUGUACACAGAUGUAGUUAUGCUGGAUCGUAGAUCAACGAUCAACAUCAGGAUACUGUACAUUUCUUGGAGGUAAUCUUAUUACUUGGAGAAGUAAAAAACAGAAUGUCAUAUCUAGAUCAAGUGCAGAAGCUGAAUUUCGUGCUAUGGCACAAGGUAUUUGUGAGAUUUUAUAGGUCAAUAUCAUAUUGAAGGAUUUGAAGAUCAAUAUAGAUGGUCCAAUGAAGCUUUAUUGUGAUAAUAAAUCAAUGAUUAAUAUUGCUCACAACCCUGUUCAGCAUGACAGAACUAAUCACAGAGAUUGAUUGCCACUUCAUAAAAGAGAAGAUAGAUAGUGGACAGAUAUGUACUAUAUAUGUGCCUACAAUUGAUCAAAUCGCAGAUAUAUUCACGAAAGGACUAUGUGGCAACAUAUUCUAUCAUCUUGUGUCCAAGUUGGGAAUGGACAAUAUACAUUCACCAGCUUGAGGGGGAGUGAUAGAAAUAAUUUUUUCAUUUAUUGUUUCGUCCUUUGUUUCUCUGUCCGUCGUAUCUUGGAACAGAACAAUAGACUGAACCAGUUCAAAUUAAAUCGGUCCGGUUUACCCUCCCGUUUCAUAACAGCUGGUCGGUGUAAAUACCAACCAACAUGUAAACAUUCGAGUGUGAUGAAAUUUAGGGCUUCGGCCUUCUUCUUUUCGUGUCUCUCUCUCUCGUGUUCAUUGCUAGCACAGACAAGAAGGAAUGGAGGUGUUUGGAGAUGAUCAAAGUCCAGCACGAUUUCUAACAAAAAGUACAUUUUUCAUGAAUACCAGCUAUUACUUGCAUUCACUUAUUAUCUACACCAUUUUAGAUUGUGCUGUAUAUAUUUAUUUCGAUAACUUCCAAAAUUCUGGAAUGUUUUAUCGACAACAUUUUGAAUUGUUUCAGAAGGUGAUCGAGAGCCAAGCCAAGGUCCUUACUCUGGGGAAAUUGGCAUUAGGAAGAGUUCCAAAUUGAGAAAUGGACGUGGAAGAAGUAAUAGUGGUGGAGGCCGGGUCAAAUGCUCAUCAGGCUUUCUGCCCAGUUCCUUUGACCGCGUUCUUCUCGAUGCUCCAUGCUCUGCUCUUGGUCUAAGGCCCCGCCUUUUUGCUGGAGAGGUAGGCUCUGGUUUAAUGGGAAAGCCUUCAGCCAUUUACAUUUGAUACUUCACCAUGUACCUUAUUUUUAUUGAUAUCGUACCUCUAAAGCUUUUAAAGAGAGUGCCUUCUGUGACUCAUGCUGGUCCUGCUGUUAUAAGCCCUGCCAAUUUUUUAAUUUUUCUGAAGUGUAAAUGGGUGAUAUUAGUUAUGUAUUACAAUUUAGAUUUUCCUGGAAUAUAUUUCCAGCAAUGGCGGGUUGAAAAUUAUUUUUUUAAUUAAUAUAUCCUUUUUAAGCUCUGCAAUCUAAGAUAUCUUGAAUACAUGGCCUUCAUGAUUCCUUGGGCUAUCUUCCUCUGCUAUCUGCGGUUAUUUAAGUUUACAUGAUUUUGUUUAUUGUCAGGAAACUAUGGAAACUCUGAGGAACCAUGCAAAAUAUCAAAGAACGAUGUUUGACCAGGCCGUGCAAUUAGUUCGGUCAGGUGGAGUUGUAGUUUAUUCGACGUGAGUAAAUACCUACAGUCUUCUGGUAUCCUUCCAUUUAUGGCAUCUCUCCUUAUCCUUCAUGUCAGAACGGUGAGCUUUAUCAUAAUCGGGAUAUAAAAGUGCGAUGAUUUGGUCGGCUUCUUGGGGAUGGAUAAUACCACCUAAAGACUCCCUUGAAAUUUCGUUUGCAUGUGUCCUCAAAACAGAUCUCCUUCUCCAUCUGAGACCCUUUCAAGCACAAUCUAUUCAUCUCUCUCUCUCUCUCUCUCCCUCGGUAUGUCUCAUCAGCUGGAGAUUAUGUUAUUUUUAGGCUUUGUAAAUUGAGAGCCUGUCUUCGAUUUCAGUUGUUGGCUGUAUCUAACAUAAACUGAGUAUUUCAUGCGAAUGAGAAAACAUUACUUUUCUUAGAAAACAUUAUAUUUCUGUUGUCUAAAAAGGUACCACUGUGAGGGGCACUUUGGAUGAUUGAACACAUAGAGAGUAGCUCUUUUUUCUUCUCAAUGUCUUUUUAAUUACUAUGUUUAUUCUAAUUUAUUGCUAUACUCAAUAACUUGGACAAUGCUCAAUAUUCGAACAAUCAACAUCUGAGUAGGCAAUGAACAUCAUGUUUUUUAUUUACAUAGUUGAAGCAUAAGUUCGAAGAAGAUAUCUGUUUAUAAUAUCCUCUCUCUCUCUCUCUCUCUCUCUCUCUCUCUCCCCCUCCCCACACACGCCAUUUGUCUAGAGAAUUAGAGCCCGAAUAUUUGAAAAAAUCUUAGAAGGGAAGGAUCUCUUUUAUUCUUGUAUUGUUGCACAAUUUGUAUUCACAUAAAUCAUAUCUCAAUUUUUCAACCAUGAUCUAUAAUGUGGCAUAUUGACCACUGCCCUCAUUGAAUACAUGGCCUUGUUUUUUUCUUUUAUUACUUAUGUUUGAAUCGGCCAUCAUGCACUCGCCUAAAUCAACACACGGCGAUUGUAAUGCUGUCAGAAUAGUCCCAUAUUGAUUAAUAUACAAAUUUCUUUCAGAUGUACGAUAAAUCCUGGUGAGAAUGAAGCUCUGGUUCGGUAUGCCCUGGAUACAUACAAGUUCCUUUCUUUGGCACCACAGGUGAGAUCACAUUAUUGGAAAGAUCAUCUAUUUCCAGAAAUUUAGCUUCCACAUCUCAUUUAAACAUACCCCUUCCCCCCUUUUCCCUCGCCCAAUAAUAAAACAAAAGAGGAAAAGAAAAACCCUUUUAAUGAUCUUGGGCGAUGGGAGUGUAUCUUCUUUAAAUAUGUUUCGCAUUAAGUUUUAAAUAAAAUAAAAUGAGGAUGUAUUUUCUUUGACUAUCUUUUGCAAUAUUUUUUAAAGCACGGAAAUACUUUAGCAUAUAUACUAGCUGGGCUGAUGAGAACAUGUAGAUAUGUUCUUACAGUAUAUUUAAGGGAAUUAAAUAUGGUAAAAGAUCUUGGCUAACUGGGAGAGGCCUCUCCAUCUUCAGUGUUUUCUGACGGUCCGAUCCUUCUUUGACCUCCAGCAUCCAAGAAUCGGGGGGCCAGGUCUCGUCGGCGGGUGCGAACUUUUCAACGGGAAGUUCACAGAGUGAGUCCUCUCUUCUUCAUGAAUUAUUUGAAACCAUGAUUUCAGCUUCUGAUGAUGAUGAUGCUGUUGGGUUCGUUUUCAUUCUUUUUUGUAGGGACUGGCUGACAGAGGCUGAAUCAGAGCUCGUUCAGAGAUUCGAUCCAUCAUCAUCUCUCGAUACCAUCGGUUUCUUCAUUGCGAAAUUCAGUGUGGGUCGAAAAGAUACCUGA